UUAUACGUAUACAUUGAUUUACAGUAAAAUGAUUCUAUAAAAAAUAAGUCUACGAUUUGACAAAAUAAAAUUUUUAAUAUAGCAAUAUUUGAAAACUAUUGUAGUUACCUACUGUAGGAAGUGUACUUGCUUCAAGAGCAAACGAUAAAAAUUGAAGUGAAGUUUGAUAAGGUUUUUAAUUCAGUACUGCGAUAUACAAAAAAUAUAAUUUCCAUAUGUAUCAAGUACAUCGACAAGGGAUACAUGUGGGAGGCUGGGUGAAGAAGAAUUUUCUCACGUACUUACGUGACGUGGAAGGCGCCUAACACAUGACUGUACAAUUAUAAAGUUACCUAUUAGUGAAAUAUACCAACAUGCAUUUCUUACGUUCCUUCUUUAAAAGGAUCACUGAUGAUCUCAAACAGAAAAAACUAAUACCGCUGAAGAUAUUAUUCUUCGUACAUGCAUCAACUUUAUUUGUGUUGUAUCCUUACCUGACGAUACAUAUGCGCGAGCUUGGCAUAAAUGUGGAGGAGACGGCUAUAAUGUCAGCCGUGACGCCUGUCGUUUCAAUAGUGAUGCCGCCACUUGCUGGAAUGCUCGCCGACAAAAUAGGAAAUUUUAGGUUACUGCUGGCUUUAACAUCGACGCUGGGUGGUGCAACGGCAUUGUUGUUACUGGCUGUACCCGUGGGGAGAAUAACCGUCACCUUUCCCGCUGCUGUAGAGCUUCUUGCAACUUGCAACACCGAUGGUCUGCAUCUUCGCCAUAUGAAUGAUUAUCCUUGUGUGCCAUUACAUCCUUAUGCAUACGACAUUAAUCUCACGGUACUAUCUUGUGGGUUUGUCUGUGAUGUACCAGAUCAUUUGUCAUUGGAUGAAAUAGAAGCCAUAACACACACUCACUCCUAUGAUGUAAAAUUGCAAUCUCAAACAGAACAGCGUCUCAUAUACCGACACACAGUAACUUCAAUGAUACCUCAUACGAUGGCUUCAAUGAAGGACCAAAGUACAGCACGCAUUAUGAUAAACAACCCUUAUAUAAAUACGACUAUUUCCAAAGUUUCCAAUGAUCAAAUAUUCUUCCCAGCGCCGAAACUCUUUAUAAUGGAUUGUUUACAAGAUAGCACAAAUGCUACGUGCUCUCUAGGUAGUGAUAGUAUAUUUAUGGAAUUAGCAGAAGAACAGAAGGAACUGAAUUAUUAUGUCAGAAUUUCUCCUGAUGCACAAAUAGCGUCUGCCGACGUUCGGGAUUACUCUGUGAGAGUCGUAUCUGCUUCAAAUAUAACAGAAAUCGAUGGAGAUUUUGACGGUGUUACAUGUAAAGAUAAUUUUGCUAACAAUGUGAAUGGCGUGCGGGUCCAAACAGAGACGUUGCAGUUGAAACAAUGUUCAGCUGCUUGUGCCUCUGCAGUUACACGGAAUCAGUUGUGUGAUAAUCAACAGAAACAGAUAGAAUUGGAUCCUGCUUUUACUUUCUGGGCUUAUCUUGCUGUUCGUGUCUUUAUUGGAAUCAUUGGAGGGACGGCUUUUGCAAUGUUUGAAGGCGCUGUAAUCGCUAUUGUUAGGGAACAAAAGGCUGACUACGGACUCCAAAGAGUCUACGGUAGCAUCGGAGGCAUGAUCUCAUCGCCCUUGUCGGGUCUACUAAUAGACUAUGCUAGUCGUGGCAAAGGAUAUACCGAUUUCAGACCUGCUUUCUACCUGUAUGCGAUCUUGAAAGUGGCAUCUGGAGUAUUAAUGCUGAGUAUCGACUUGGAAUUUAAACAGCCUGCUCAGAAUUUAUUGGAAGAUGUUAUAAGUGUUUUCAAGAACAUUGAAAUUGUGGCACUAUUUAUUGCUUGCUUCAUUAUGGGUACUGCGUGGGGUUAUAUAGAAAGUUUUCUAUUUUGGCUCCUCCAAGACAUGGGAGCAUCUCGAUCUUUGAUGGGCAUCACUAUUACAGUAGGAGGAAUUGCUGGUCUCCCACUACUAGUGCUCUCAGGACCUAUCAUCCGGCGAUUGGGGCACGCGAAUGUUUUGUUCAUUGGUUUCAUCUUUUAUGCUAUCAGACUGCUUGGGUACUCACUAAUCUACAACCCGUGGUUAUGCCUGAUCUUUGAGGCUCUGGAGUCGGUGACGUCAUCAUUGUCAUUCACGGCCGCCGUCACGUAUGCCGCCCGCCUUUCUUCCACCACCACGGAUACCUCUGUGCAGGGAUUACUUGGAGGACUCUACUACGGAGUCGGUAAGGGAUCCGGAAGUCUAAUAGGUGGUUAUCUGAUGAAGUUUUUCGGAACCCGACCAACAUAUCAAAUAUUUGCGGCUGCAACUUUCAUAACAGGAUGUAUUUAUUAUUUGUUCAAUCAAUUCUACAUCCGAAAGAAAGUUUCAAAUCAAGACAUCGACAUCUGUAAAAAGAAACCAGAUUUAGAUGUCGAAUGUAGAGAAACGAUGGCCAUUGAUAAAGUUAAUUCAACGACAGAUGUCGCUGAUAAAACGAACACUAGCAAAGAGCCUGAUAAAAUAAAGGUGUUAGAUUUGAACCAACAUAAGUCUACUAUUGACAGUAUAGAUGGCGGUAGUGACUCGGGAGUUGAUAAUCCGGCCUACAAUGACACAGAAACUUCUUCGAAUGACACAAGAAAAGAUGACGGCAAAUCUAACGGGUAAAAUUAGGUACGUUUAUAUUCUAAGAACAAUAACGAAAUAUUGUUCUUAGUCUAUAUUAAUACCUUGAGUGAUGUAAUGAAAAAUUUUCAAUGUAGUUUUAGCAAUUAUUAUAAUUAAUGACAAAUAAUGUA